AUUCAAAACCAAAAGUGUCUGCAGAUUUUGAAGACUUAUUAUCUGGUCAAGGUUUCAAUGCUCACAAGGACAAGAAGGGCCCCAAAACAAUAGCUGAGAUGAGAAAAGAAGAAAUGGCUAAGGAGAUGGACCCUGAAAAACUAAAAGUCCUGGAAUGGAUUGAAGGGAAGGAGAGAAAUAUAAGAGCCCUGCUGUCCACAAUGCAUACAGUCUUAUGGGCAGGGGAGACCAAGUGGAAACCUGUUAGUAUGGCAGAUCUUGUCACGCCAGAGCAGGUGAAGAAGGUCUACCGGCGGGCAGUGCUUGUCGUUCAUCCUGACAAGGCUACUGGGCAGCCGUAUGAACAAUAUGCAAAGAUGAUAUUUAUGGAGCUAAAUGAUGCCUGGUCAGAAUUUGAAAACCAAGGACAAAAACCUUUGUAUUAGGUACUUUCUCAGUCUCCACUACAGACCUGUGCUAGUGCUUAUAUAGUCUCUUGUCACAAAUGUCACAGAUCAACCAAACUCUGGCUGGAAAUUCAGAAGUAUCAGAAAACGAAGAGCCUAAUACUUAUCAUGAAGAACAAGAGAAAGGUUUCCUCAUACGUGUAUCAAGAAUCCUGAGCUCAGAGGAACUCUAGCCACCUGGCUUGCCAUAUGAGAGCCACGGGGUUACAGUUUCUUGUAACUUUUAUAUUUUUUCUUUGGAUUCAAGUGGGGUGAGAGGAAAACACAUUCUGGGAAAAGGUGGAAUUGUUCUGUCUCCGACACAGCGUAGCUGGUGAACUUCCUACAUUCUUUGUGAUAUGGCAACACUUCAGUUGAGUUCAGUAACUGGUGGUGAAGCCCAGACUCUGAUGUCCUUUCUUCCUAGGUUUGGAUCAAACGUCAUCAUCAAAUUUAAGUGCUCAGAUGUGGUUUUAGGCACACUUCUAACAGUCACCAUUUGCUGCUUAAUUGCUCAUAUAGUGUAGUAUGCCUGAAUAGAGAUGAAGCUGAAGCCUGGGUUAGAUCAGUGUGGCAGCUGACCGCUGCUUUACACAUUAACACUGUAACUUCACCUCACAGUCCAGCAGUGAAAAGUGC